CACUUUAUGAUUUUCUUCUCAUUUCAUAUUCAUCGAUCGAUCAUGGAGAGGAUGUCCUUUUCUUUCUCUCAUCGCUAUGCUUACUUAUUGUUUCAUAAAGUGUCCAAUAACUUGAGUUGUGUACAUAAGAAACUUUGUUAUCAAAACCAUUCCCAUCCAACCAUUUUAUAUCAACCAAGAGUAUUGUUAAAUAUUCGUAGUUGUAUUCAUAUGUCACAAAGUCAACAGAGUUAUAUGUUACCCACAAAAACGCCUUCUUGGGCCAAGUUGACUAUUGCGUUGGGAAGUCUAAUUACAAUAUACAGUUUCUAUGAAUAUUUUUCUAGUGGAGGAGCUGUAUCAGGUUCUGCCUUAGGUUUUGUUUACGGACUACCCAUUCUUUUAUUAGGAUUGGCUCUUCAAUAUGCAGAGUUAGCUCCUACACCUUUGAAAACGAGCGAUGAAGCGAAAGAGAAACGUGAAUAUUUGGCUACAGAUGUACAAAAAAAGUUGAUAAGAGAUGUGACUCGCUAUCGUUAUGGAAAUCAAGUUCAUUUGGAACAAGUAUGGAAAGCAUUGGGAUUGGUUUCUCGUGGACAGUCUCGUCCUAUAUUGAAACAAGUAUUGGAAAGAAUAGAUGAGACAAGUAGUCGAUAUGAAUUGUGUUUAUUAUUAUACGCUGUUGGCAGUCAAGUUUCGUUUUGGGAACAAAAACUGGAAAAGAUGAAUCGUUUCUUUGGACCGAACAUUGUUUGUCGUAUAGAACCAGUAGAAGAGGAUCAGUUUUGGUUGGUGUUGAGGUCAUUGCAAGGUUGAAUGAGUAACAAAGUGAUAGUCGAUAUUGAUAAAGAUUGGGAUAUGGAAUAGAUAUAUUUUAUAUUUGUAUGAUAUUGAAUACUUGUUAUCCUAUGAUGGCAUAUACAUAUAUAUAU